AUGUUUGUUCUCGUGUCAAUUUUGGUGAUUUUAGUGAGAUAUUUCUUAUGGUUACGCCGUGAUUUAUACAAAUUAUCAUGGCACUUAUCUGGACCGAUUGGAUUGCCAUUCAUUGGGAACGCAUUAGAAAUGCGCCCAAAUAAAAUUCAUUCGUUUCUCGAUCGAAUAUCUAAAACAUAUGAAAGUCCGAUGCGAUUAUGGUUGGGGCCAAUUUUGGCGGUUUUUAUUGCUGAUGCAGACAACGUUGAAAUUUUAAUGAAAUCCAAAGAUUGUCUGAGUAAACCACCUGUUUACAAAAUGAUCCGAGAUGGGCUCAGCGUAGAUGGUCUAUUCACCUUGAAAGCGGAAGAGUGGAAAGUGCACCGACGACUCGUUAGCCCAACGAUCAAUUCAACCAGUGUAAAUGCACAUUUACCGGUUUUCAAUGAGAAUAUUCGAAAAAUCGUUCAUAAUCUGCCCACGAAGGAGUACUUUGAUAUUUUGCCGUCGAUAUCGAAAUGCAAAAUGACUAUGUUCGUUGAAGCAGCUCUCGGCAUCGAUUGGGAGCCCGAAGUGAAACAACGAUACUUACGACAAUUCGUCGCAGGCGUUGAAAUUGUUGCCAAACGUUCAUUACAGCCGCUUUUCCACAUUGAUUUCAUUUGGAAUUUGACGGAAGGAGCCAGACGACUGCGAGAAUAUAAUCAAUAUGGUCGCAAAUUGUUUGAAAAAAUAUUGCAAAAAGAAGCGGAGAAAGGCGGAAGCGGAACAUUCAUAGGAAGACUCUUCGAUGUAUCAAAGGGCAAUCCACAAUUUACCACAGAAGAUAUUUUUGCUGAAACGGCAACCAUUCUCACUGGCGCGACAGACACAUCUUCUGCAGCGUCUGCGUUUGUUGCUCUAAUGCUAGCACUACAUCUGGAACACCAAGAAAAAGUGUUUCAGGAGAUUGUAACGGUUUUACCGGAUAAGAGUGCGGAUUUCACGCAAACCGAUCUUGAAAAGCUUGAAUUUACCGAUUUGUGCAUUCAGGAAACGUUACGUCUAUUUCCAACGGCUCCAUUAAUUGGUCGCGUUGCGAGUAAACCCAUUAAACUGAGUAAUGGUGUCGAAGUUCCAGCAAACGUUAUGUUCGUAUUCGGUUUGCGUCAAAUUCAUAUGAAAGAAAAAUACUUUGGACCAACGGCCAACGUCUACGAUCCAUAUCGAUUUUUAGAUGAAAAUAUGAAAAAUUUACCUACAGCUGCUUAUAUUCCGUUUAGCUAUGGACCUCGCAAUUGCAUAGCGGAGGAAUGGAAAAUGCAUCGUCGUCUGGUGAGUCCGUCGAUAAAUUUGGCCAGUGUCAGCGAACAUUUGCCCAUUUUCAAUCGUCAUAUCCAGAAAGCAGUGAGUGAAAUACCACCAAGCGAAGAUUUUAUCGAUAUUUUACCGUAUUUGGUUACCUGCAAAAUUAGCAUGUUUGCUGAAGCAGCACUGGGCUCCGAUAUUGAGCCCAGCGUCAAACGAACGUACCUGUCAAAUUUCACUGAUGGCGUUGAAAUUGUUGCCAAACGAGUGUUGAAUCCACUGAUGCACAUCGAUUUCAUUUGGAAUUUAACGGAUUCGUCCCAACGUUUACGAGAGUAUUCACGCUUUGGGCACGAUUUAUUCGGAAAAAUUCUCAAUGAAAAAGUGCACAACGGAAGUGAUUCGUAUUCGUUUUUAGAGCGACUAUUAGAUAUUUCAAACGAAAACCCAAAAUUCACUCAUGAUGACGUAAUUGCCGAAACAUCCACGAUUUUAACGGGAGCAACUGACACAUCAUCGGCAGCCUCAGCGUUUGUGGCUGUAUUGUUAGCAUUGCACCCUGAAUAUCAAGAGACAGCUUUUCAGGAGAUUUUAACGGUGAUGCCAGAUAAAAAUGCUGAAUUAACGCAAGCCGAUUUGGAUAAGCUUUUAUUUACAGAUUUGUGUAUUCGUGAAACAUUGCGUCUAUUUCCAACGGCUCCCAUAAUCGGUCGUAUUGCAAGCAAACCCAUAAAACUAAGCAAUAAUGUUGAAGUUCCACCGGGCGUGCCAAUCAUAUUCGGAUUACGUCAAAUUCAUAUUCGCGAAGAAUACUACGGACCAACGGCCAAACAAUUCAAUCCAUAUCGCUUUUUGGAUGAAAAUGUUAAAAAUUUACCCGGAGGAGCCUAUAUUCCCUUUUCAUAUGGCGCUCGCAAUUGCAUUGGUUACUUUUAUGCAAAAGUAUCGGUGAAAUGCUGCAUUGUGCACUUGAUCCGGAAUUAUCGACUUACAACUCACUAUAAACACAUGGAUGAAUUGAUGCCCAUUUUAAAUACAAGCAUGAGAUUAGCCAAUAAGCACAUGGUAAAGCUGGAGCGCCGAGAAUACUAACGAAGAAAGAAUAAAAGAGAAAUGAACGAUAAUCUGCACUUGCAUCGAUUUGUUGCAUCUAUGUGGUACGGGUAUGUGGUAUAAAGCUCAAUGGCACCAAUCGAUUGAAUUGUUUGCCUGAACACUGUCAAUACAGUAGAAAUGCGGUGUUUAUGUGAAGUGCGGAAAAAAUGUAUAUAUAUCAAGCAGUUAAUCAUCGAUAAUAACGAUAAUUAUAAUUA